GGCGGUUUCCGGCGCGGCUGUCGCAGGCGGAAGCGGCGGCGGCGGCAGCGCGGACAUGGCGUCGGGCGGCGCCAGCGGCUCCCGCUCUCCCUCCCCCGCCGAGCGCCUCCCCCCGCCCUUUCCCGACCCCCACGGCGGCGACAGCGACGCGCCGGGGACGGCUGACAGCGACACGGAGGGCGAGGACAUUUUCACCGGCACCAGCAAUCCCACGCCACCGAAAAGGGAAUCUCUUCUCCCUGUGAGCAGCACCUCCAAAGAAAAUGGUGUUCGUGUAGAGCAAGAUGAUCAGGACUUAUUUGCAGAUCCCAUGAACCUCUCGGAGAAUACUGAAAUUACCUUUCCAGAAACCCAAGGCAGAGAGGCUGACCCUUGCAAACUUCUCUUGACAGAUGCCACCGUGGAGUUGUCUCUAGACAGUACACAAAACAACCAGAAGAAGGAACUGGCCAAAGCAUCCAAUCCUGCCCCCUCAUUAGAAGUAGCUGCAAGCUCCUCUUCUAGAAACCCUCCAAAGAGCUAUGAGGAGCUGGAAGAAGAGGAACAGGAGGACAAAUUUGAGCUGACUGUAGGAGUGAGUGACCCAGAGAAAGUUGGGGAUGGCAUGAAUGCGUAUGUAGCCUACAAAGUGUCAACACAGACGAGCAUGCCCAUGUUCAGGAGCAAGCAGUUUUCGGUGAAAAGGAGGUUCAGUGACUUUCUGGGUCUCUAUGAGAAGUUGUCGGAGAAGCAUGCCCAAAAUGGGUUCAUCGUUCCUCCACCGCCCGAGAAGAGUCUCAUAGGAAUGACCAAAGUGAAAGUUGGGAAAGAAGACUCCUCCUCUGCAGAGUUCCUAGAAAAAAGACGGGCUGCUCUAGAGAGGUACCUACGGAGAGUGGUCAGCCAUCCAACCAUGCUGCAGGACCCCGACGUCAGGGAGUUCUUGGAAAAGGAGGAGCUACCAAGAGCAGUAGGCACCCAGACCCUGAGUGGAGCAGGAAUACUGAAAAUGUUCAACAAAGCUACGGAUGCCGUCAGUAAAAUGACCAUCAAGAUGAAUGAAUCGGACAUAUGGUUCGAGGAGAAGCUGCAGGAGGUGGAGUGCGAGGACCAGCGACUACGGAAGCUGCAUGCUGUCGUCGAAACACUAGUGAACCACAGGAAAGAGCUAGCCUUGAAUACAGCCCAGUUUGCAAAGAGCCUGGCCAUGCUGGGGAGCUCGGAGGACAACACGGCCCUGUCCCGGGCACUGUCCCAGCUGGCUGAGGUGGAAGAGAAGAUCGAACAGCUGCACCAGGAACAGGCUAACAAUGACUUCUUCCUCCUGGCCGAGCUCCUGGGAGACUACAUCCGCCUCCUCUCGGUUGUAAGGGGAGCCUUUGACCAGCGCAUGAAGACCUGGCAGCGGUGGCAGGAUGCUCAGAGCAUGCUGCAGAAGAAGAGGGAGAUGGAGGCCAGGCUGCUCUGGGCCAACAAACCCGACAAGCUGCAGCAGGCCAAAGAGGAGAUCUCGGAGUGGGAGUCUCGUGUGACACAGUACGAAAGGGACUUUGAACGGAUUUCUGCCGUCAUCCGCAAGGAAGUGAUACGGUUUGAGAAAGAGAAAUCCAAGGACUUCAGAAACCACGUCACUAAAUACCUUGAGACGUUAUUAAACUCUCAGCAGCAGCUGGUGAAGUACUGGGAAGCGUUCCUACCCGAAGCCAAGGCCAUUUCUUAAUUGGACCGAGCAAACGAGCGUACCUGAACUUUGCCUUUUUUUUUUUUUUUUUUAUAUACACUAUACCUCUUCCUCUUUUACACGUGAACCAACCCUAGUUACACACUCUGGAGCUGGUAGAGGUUUAACCCCCAGACAAGCAGCUUUGCAAGCCAGUUAACUCUUCUAACUGUAUAUUUUUCAUUUAGCAACAUAUAUUUUCUUACUGAAGAGAAACUAGUUUCCUGCUUUGAGACCAGACCUGCGGCAGGGGGUUAACAAUAUAUGUAAAAUGUAUAUUUUUCAGGCUGGGUUUUAGGGCUCUAAUGACUAUCUUAUUCCUGCAGUGCCAUUAAAAUUCUGUAAUAAAACUUCUA